CACAUGUCUGGACUGGGCAGAGGGCAGAGCUGGGAGGCUUUCUCUGCCACAAACAGCAGCUCGUAAUCACUCUACAGCCUGUUCUCACAUAUUAUUAAUACUGUCUGAGUUCUCCUUUGCACCCUGAAGUGCCACAUGAAUGCCUCUUUGCCUUCUUGAGGGAGCUGAAGGUAAAGAAGGGGCUUACAGAAGGAUUUCCCCGCCAUGGAAUGUUGUAGAUUUGAGUACUGGAUCGUAGGAAGAUUUUCUUCCCCCUCUUGGGUUCGGAGCCGUGGGUCUGGAUCCAAGGAGCGUGUGCGCUUCUUAGAAUUCCAUCAGAGACUGGGAACGUCAGACUGGGAGGACCGUGGCUCUGGUACUGGUUUAAAAGACAAGCAGCCACCUCUGGCCAUUUAAAACGUGCACACACACACACUUUUUUUCUUUUUUUUUUGCACCUAACACUCAUCCAGACGAAGGAAUUCAGGAUGCGACGCUUUGACAAGCUGAAAAAGUCAUUCCCCUUCCUGGCACACUUUCACGUAUAUCGAAAACUGGGCAGCAGCAUGCAGUGUGAGGAAGGCACAGAAUGGCUGCUGGAGCUGCUGAUGGAGGUGCAGCUGCAGCAGUACUUCCUGCGGAUCAGAGAUGACCUUAACGUCACACGGCUGUCACACUUUGACUAUGUCAAGAACGAAGACCUGGAGAAGAUUGGCAUGGGUCGACCUGGGCAGAGACGACUGUGGGAAGCUGUGAAAAGGAGGAAAGCCAUGUGCAAGCGCAAGUCCUGGAUGAGCAAGGUGUUUAGUGGUAAGCGCCCAGACGGAGGAGACUUCCCCCAACAGGGCCAGCCAGCCUCCUCCUUUCGAAAGCUGUCUCCCACACCUCCCCUGGGCCUGGGGGAGGGAGUCUUGACCACACAGUCUGGUGGUAGUGCUCCCCUUGAUGGACAGCAGCAAGCUCUGACUUGUCUCAUCCCAGAGAAGGACUUGACUUUGUUUGAGAAGCUUGGGGAUGGCUCCUUUGGCGUGGUGAAGAGAGGAGAGUGGCUGACACCAUCAGGGAAGGUGUUGAAUGUGGCCGUGAAGUGUCUGAAGACAGAUGUGCUCAGUCAGCCCGAUGCUCUGGAGGAUUUCAUCUGUGAGGUCAACGCCAUGCACUCCCUGGACCACCAGAACCUCAUUCGCCUCUACGGUGUGGUGCUCACACACCCAAUGAAGAUGGUGACGGAGCUGGCUCCUCUGGGUUCUCUGCUGGAGCGUUUGCGAUGCGUUCGUCCGCAGGGUCCAGUGCUGAUCCACACUCUGUGUCAGUAUGCUGUACAGGUGGCCUGUGGCAUGGCCUACCUGGAGCAGAGGAGGUUCAUUCACAGGGACCUGGCAGCCAGGAACAUCCUGUUGGCGUCAGCUCACAGAGUGAAGAUCGGUGACUUCGGGCUGAUGAGGGCUCUGCCUAACAACCACGAGCACUAUGUCAUGCAGGAACAUCGCAAGGUCCCCUUUGCAUGGUGUGCCCCAGAGAGUCUGAAGACCAGAACAUUCUCCCAUGCUACAGACACAUGGAUGUUUGGAGUUACACUCUGGGAGAUGUUCACACAUGGUCAGGAGCCUUGGCUGGGUCUUAAUGGAAGCCAGAUUCUGCACAAGAUUGAUAAAGAAUGUGAACGACUCCCUAAGCCAGAGGACUGUCCGCAGGAUAUCUAUAAUGUCAUGCUGCAGUGUUGGGCACAGAAACCAGACGACAGACCUACUUUUGUCGCCCUGAGAGAGUUCCUGCUUGAGACCAUGCCCACAGACAUGUGUGCUCUGCAGGACUUUGACGAGCCUGACAAACUGCAGAUUCAGGUCAAUGAUGUCAUCACCAUCAUAGAGGGAAGGGCAGAGAACUACUGGUGGAGGGGUCAAAACAAGCGUACUCUCAAGGUCGGACAGUUCCCCAGAAACGUGGUGACUUCGGUAGCGGGUCUGUCAGCUCACGAUAUCAGCCGGCCACUCAAGAACAGCUUCAUCCACACAGGACAUGGAGACACAAACCCUAAUCGCUGCUGGGGCUUCCCUGACAGGAUUGACGACUUGUACCUCGGGAAUCCCAUGGAUCCUCCUGAUGUUCUGGGUUUAGACCUCGGUGGUACUCGGCCCACUCAGCUACCAGGACGAGCUAAAAAGGAGCCUCCUCCCCGCCCUCCUCAACCAGCAGUGUUAAUCAAGAGUAAGUCUGCUUUCUCUCAGCAGCUCCUCACCCGUUGCUCCUGCCCUCUCUGUUCCCUCCUAGCUCCACUCCUCAAAGAGCCUUGCUACGAUCCAGUAAACGAGGAUGAGGAUCUGACCUCUGCAGGACUAAAGAGGUUAUCGCUUCGGAAAACAGGUUCAGUCAAAGGCUUAAAACUUAAACCCGCUGUGUGGGUCUCGGCUUCCAAACAGGGGAGUAGCCGGACUACAGGCUCAGGCUACAACCCCAACAGUGAAGUGUCCCUCAUUGACUUUGGAGAGGAGUUCCCCCCGUCCACACCGUCCCCCUCCCCGGUGGUUGAAAUUCAGAUCCCCUCACUGGCGAAGCUGGCUUUGCAAGCAGAGAACAUCCUGGACCGGACUCCACCUCAGAGUCCGUCUAAAUCGUUGCCCCGCCCCCUUCACCCCACACCAGUAGUGGACUGGGACGCACGACCAUUACCCCCGCCCCCAGCCUAUGAUGAUGUAGCCCAAGAUGAAGAUGAUAUGGAGGUGAGUUCCAUCAACAGCUCAGAGCAGCAGCAUGAAGAGGAGCAAAGUGAUGUCCAUAAGCCAGAAGAGGCUGACGAAGCUUUCGCCUCUGGACAGAAGGUGCAGACUGAGGUUCUUGUCCCCAGGGGUACAGAAAGAUCAGGUCUGGAGGAUAACCUCUUUCUCCCCUGCAAGCAGAGCCAGGGCCUGUCCUCGUCUUUCUCUCAGUCUGCAGAAAUCUUCCAAGAACUCCAGCAGGAGUGCAUGAGGAGACUCAACGUACCAACAGGAGGCGCUGCUCAGUCAACUUCGCCAUCCCAGACCUCAGUUUCAUUCCCCCAGACUCCUCAGAUCCUUCAGAUCAAGGAGGGACACCAGCAGAUUGUCCUCUCCUCCAGUGAAGACAAACCCCAGAUCCCCCCACGUGUCCCCAUCCCCCCUCGCCCUAUAAAAAGGGGCGAUUACACAUCUGCUCGCUGGUCAAGAGAUCUCUCUCUGUCCCCAACGCCUGCAGACACCACAGAGGACUCUUCAGGCCCAGACCAGAACCGACCACCUCAGAUCCCUCCAAGGGACCCUUUGUCCCAGCCAGGCUCCAGGACUCCUAGCCCCAUGGGCCUGGUAGUGGGCUCUCCCCAGCAGAGAGUCUACUCUGUCAGCCCCACCACCAUGCAGGCCCCCCUUACCUCCUGCCCCCUCACACACAGCUACGGCUCCUACCUCUCCACCUCUCCAGGUAAACUCAUGCCUACCACACACAGCUUUGCCUCAGAUCCUAAAUAUGCUGCACCCAAAGUGAUCCAGGCACAGGGGAAGGACCCCGCCAGUAAGGGCCCCUGUAUCCUCCCCAUUGUACGUGAUGGACGUAAAGUCAGUAACACCCACUAUUACCUUCUGCCGGAGAGACCGCCGUACCUUGACCGAUACGACCGCUUCUUCAGGGAGGCAGAGAGCCUUCCAGCCAGUGGUGUGGAUGAGAGGCAUAUACGACAAGCUAACACCGCCACCGUCAGACCCAUGGUGGUCAGCGGCCAGACUGUCCAGGGACAUGCCCAGGGACAGGGCCUCGUCCAGCAAGGUGAGCUGAAGGCUAAUUUCUCCUCCAACAAUAACAGCAGUCUGGGUGGACCACGGUCAGCGAUGAAGACAUCAGUUAGUCUCCCUCGUGUCUGUUCAGACGGGCUGACAGCACCGGUGGUCACUGUUUCUUGCACCAGGGCAGAUGGAGGAGGAAACUCAGCGGACAAGGUCAAAAUGGUGCAGGAGGCAGUUCACGGUGUGACAAUAGAGGAGUGCCAAGCUGCCCUCCAGAACCACAACUGGAAUAUCCAGAAAGCUGUGCAUUACCUAAAGGUGGAGCAGUUGUUCUGUUUGGGUCUGAGGAGCAGGUCAGAGUGUCUAAAGCUGCUGGAGAUGUGUGACUGGAACCUGGAGGUGGCCAGCACUCAGAUGUUAGAUAACUAUGGAUCCACAACAAGGCAGAGACGGUGACAGAAAUCUCAAGCUGCUGAGCUGUGAUUGGAACUUCAUCCCCAGUAAAACAUCAUCAGAGGAGGUGAAUCAGCUCUUGACCUUUUCUGCCUGAUGCUUCAGUCACACCUCCAAUCAGAACACUGUUAUUUGAGUACGGAAGAAUCAAGCACAUUUCUCACUGAACUAGCACAAAAUACCAAACUUCAUUAUGGCUCCAUUCAUACUUAAUAUGGAUACAGGAAUAUUUAGCCUGGGGGCAAAAAAAAAAAAAGAAGAAGAAUACUUUGGGUCAUGUUUUGACUUUGGUCUGAAAGAUAUGUCAUUGUUGCACUUUUUAAGAAACUGUAGACUUCCAUCCACCAUCUUAUCAAAGUUGUUAAAAGGCAAAAAAAGACUCCGCCUGUAUGUUCUGGACCAUCGGCUCAGCCCACACAGAUCCACCACAGAUUCUGGGUGCUACCAUACUGUCUGAUCCUCUUACAGCUAUCUUCACUGCCAUGAUUACACUGUUGACCAACUGCAGAGAGAUAUUCCUUUCUUUUUUGUUGUGAUUGUCAUUAAACAGUCAGGCUGGGAGUGAAUCUGAAGAGGCUGGAUUGAGAUGACUAGCACAAUAUACGCAGUAGCACUUUCUAAAAAAAUGUUGGAAUAUCCUAAAAAACUUGUACAGUUUGACUGAAAAUUGGUAUCUCAUUUACUGAUCACUGUCAGAGCUGAACCUAAAUACUGUACAGUGCGUGUAUGUACAUGUAGGUCAUUAAAGGUUGACUCCCUGUGUUGCAGCUGUAGGAUAUGCCGUGCCACUUGUAGCAGUACUUUUCAAAAGCAGUUUAAAAUCAUAUUGUAUCUCCACAAUAUCCAUGCACAACAAAAUACAAAGCUAAUGUUUAACUGGCUUUCCAGGCUGUUUUUAAGAGGUGUGGGGAUUUUGUUAUGAAGAUUGUCUGCUGCUGAAUGCCUGUGGAGUCCAGGAAAAAUGAGCAUUUUGUAGUCUAGUGAGGGACGUUAGUAUCGGCACAGAGCUGCACACUCUGUGCUGAGAGUCAAAGGUCAAACCAGUCCAGUGUUGACCUGGAUCAAUAGAAUUAAUGGUAAGAGAAGCAGUUUGCUCAUUGCUUUUAAAGACCUACAAAACUGUCUAAUUUAUACAUAAAGAGUAUAAACAGUACACCCUUUAAAGAGACAUUUAUGUAUUUGUGAGCAAAAUAAUAAUUUUAAUAUAUUUUCAACACAGUGCUUAGGGACAAGAGAAGACUGUUAUACCCAUUAAUAGGCAGGCCAUUAAAAAAAAAUAAUGCUGCGUGUCUCCUUAAGUUAAAUACUGGGGCUCGUUUCACAGGGAUGAACUUGUGACUGUAGCACAAAUCAAAGUAAUAGCCAGACUUCAGACAGAAAUCAUCUAAAUUCAUCUAUUACACAAAGCUGUCUAGUUCUUGACCAUCUAAGAUGGGAUUCAUUUGCCAUGAAGUCUGGGUAAAUUAAGGCCUUUUUCAAACCGAAAGACAAGAGCAGCUCUGUCAAACCAGUCAGCUCCUUUCACUCCAACAAAAAAUGUUUGCUUUCUGAAAGAAUUCAAAGUUUACAAGGACAUUUCACUUGGCAAAUUCAACAAGGAAUGUAACUAUACGAAAACCCCCCUACAGAAUAAUAGCUCGCUGCAGUGCGGAGCUGUGGCAGAGCUGAGCUGCUGUGGUUUCUUUAUAUCUUGAUGGCUUCUAGUGGCUCGUCAGUCAGACUCAGGGUAGUUUCCCUGGGCAAAUGAAAACAACAUUGUCACUGCUGUAUGUUUCCAACAUGUUACCUGUGGUCUGCAAAAACUCUUUCCCUUCUUAUCCACAACAUAUUUUUGUUAAACAGUCUAAAAUGCAUUAGGCUAACCUAAGAACUAAAUUAAGACUAGCCUAAAACAUCAGACCUGUCUAAAAUAUCUUUGUGCCACCAGCACCUGAUCUAUGACUAUUGUCAAAUGUGGCUCAAAAAAGAAAAAAGAAAGGCCACCCAGUCAGUGGAAACUUCCCCCACCCCAGAUAUACUCUUUCCUUAUUCCAUCCCUCUAAGCACUUUGGCCACACACAACUCCUGUGCAUCAGCUGAAAACUCCUGCCAGCUUGGUAUUUUCUGCACGCACCCAGACUACGUUGGCAGCUAAUAACAGCAACGUAGUGAAAUUUACCCCAAGGCACAGAUCCUGUCCCAUAAUCAUCAAUUAAAACCACAACUGUGAUAUUUUGGUCAGCAGCUUUAGGGGCAAUAAUUUAAAACUUCUAGGACGUGUCUGCUCUGGGUAACUCACAGCUGAACUCACAGCUGGACGCGACAAUACAAUUUUCUGACUGUAUUGUCACAGUAGAGCCCUGAGCAACCGAUGGUUUAAAACUUAGUCAACACAGAAAACUUUCGGGCCUGUCCUGCAUUUUAUUUCAGAUGCACUCAGUAUUCGAGGACUCUACUGACAGAAAGGGCAAUAAAAGGCAUUCCACAUGCUUUGACUUCACUGUUAUGUGAUCAACCAAAUCAACCUCAUGAUCCUUGCUUCUCUCUAUAGUGAGAAAAAAGACCCUUUUUUGCCAACUGGUACCCAUCUAUUUAAUUACAAUAUAAAUAUCCAUGUCCACAUGUAUGCCCUGGCUUUGUUCCAAACACUCCAUAUGUCCACAAAAACCUCCAGUAUGCAACAUGUUUGAGCACAAUCUGUUUGGGCAGAAACUUCAAAUGGCCUCAGAAAAAAGCUAAUAUGGAGGCACAUCAAGCCUGCUGUCUGCCUGAGUGCAUUAAGAGGCUUUAAAAAAAAAUUGUAAAGGAUGUACAGGACUGAUUUUAGAAAACAAGCUCCAGUCAAAGCUUUCUCCUGUGUGCAAUAAGGCUGCUGUAGAACCUGUGACCUCCCCAGUCUGUCCAUCCAUUGGUGCCAUCCAGUCAUGAAAAUACCACCGAGCUUUCAUCUCUGUCAUCACGUAUCCUGAUAAUUAAAUGCACAUGAAACGCCGUUUUCAGUAUAAAGUGUUUGGUGACUCAGUUUUCCUCCCCAGGGUAGAAUGAGGCUGGCCUUUAACACUGAUCCAGUCAGGUUUGCCAUUUUCCCUCUGGUAUGUGUUGUGGUAAGGCUGACUGUAAACCAGUGCAUAAGGACAGCUUGAUGUGAGGGCUGUCUCCGCAGCCUGUCCAUGUGUUGUUUGUCUUUAUACCAAGCUGCUGUAGUUGUAUUAGAAGGACUGAACCUUGUGGUGUUAUCAACAACCCAAAGCAACAUUGUCCUGUUGUGGUGUUGACACUGAUCUUAGAAAAACUGUUCAGUUCUGUUUGCCAGAUAAGUUUCUUCAGAAACUGUCUGCUAUUUUAAAGUCAUUUAUAUUGUUUUUUUGUUUUUUUUUGCUGUUUUUCCUUCAAACCAACUUGCCAUUUUUUCCUCAUUUGUAUGUGUUUGCUUCCCAGGAUGUGGUUUUAUUUUAAAUGCCUCCUGUACAGCUGGUUUUCAUUGUUUCUCUUCUCCUGGGUUAAUGGAAAUGUUCAAGAGAAGUUCAUGCUGCCGAAUUUAUAAAUGUAUUUUUUAUUAAAGAGUUAAUUAUUUUUUACCUCUUUUCUUCUGUUGACAAAUCUUUUUUUCAGUCGCCUUAGUUAUGUUUGUUAGUGCUGCCUGAAUGG